AUGGACCACAAAACACUCGUCGUCGAUAACGGUACGGGGUUCGUGAAAUGCGGUUAUGCCGGAUCGAAUUUCCCGGAACAUACAUUUCCUAGUGUAGUCGGACGACCCAUCUUGCGAGCCGAAGAACGAGUAGGCGAUCUCCAGGUCAAUGACAUUAUGAUUGGUGAAGAAGCAGCAACACUCCGCAAUAUCUUGCAAAUGUCAUAUCCCAUGGAGAACGGCAUCAUUCGCAACUGGGAGGAUAUGCGCCACUUGUGGAAUUACACGUUUUUUGACAAGCUCAAGGUCAACCCACAAGACUCAAAGAUUUUGCUGACAGAGGCUCCUUUGAACCCACGAGCAAACCGUGAGACCAUGGCACAAAUCAUGUUUGAAGAAUAUGGUUUCCAGGGCUUGUAUGUUGCUAUCCAGGCAGUUUUGACCCUGUUUGCUCAAGGUCUCAUGUCUGGUGUGGUUGUGGAUUCUGGUGAUGGUGUUACGCAUAUUGUUCCCGUUUACCAAGGUUACGCACCGGCCAACUUGACGCGUCGUUUGGAUGUUGCUGGUCGCCAUGUUACAAGACAUCUCAUCGACUUAUUGUUGCGACGUGGUUACGCCUUUAACCGAACUGCUGAUUUUGAAACCAUCCGACAGGUCAAGGAAAAGCUUUGCUAUGUCAGCUAUGAUCUUCAAUUGGACCAAAAGCUCGGCAACGAGACUACAACUUUGGUAGAGAGCUAUGAGCUUCCAGAUGGCCGAGUAAUCAAGGUCGGUUCUGAACGAUUUGAAGCUCCUGAGUGUUUGUUCCAGCCCAAUUUGGUUGAUGUAGAAGGAAAGGGCAUGGCAGAGCUUUUGUUCGACACAAUCAAUUCGGCCGACAUUGAUAUCCGAUCUGAAUUAUAUAAGCAUAUCGUCUUGUCUGGUGGCUCUACCAUGUACCCUGGUCUUCCUAGUCGCUUAGAGAAGGAAAUGAAGCAAUUAUACCUGGUCAACGUUCUCAAUGGAGACCCAAGCCGAUUGAGUAAAUUCAAGAUUCGUAUAGAAGAUCCUCCCAGACGUCGACACAUGGUGUACCUUGGUGGUGCUGUCCUCGCAGAUAUCAUGAAGAACAAAGAUUCAUGGUGGGUGACCAAGCAGGAAUGGGACGAAAUGGGUCCUCGCGCAUUAGAAAAGAUGGGUGUUCUUGGCUCCACCGCUUAA